UAUUACUGAGUUGAUAGCUGCGGGAGGGAGAAGACAUUGUAUGAGUGAUGGCGUCGGGGAUAUUAACAAGGUCUCUCUCUCUUCUCAAGUCUUCCACUUUCUUACCUUCCACAAAGCCCCAAUUCAUUUCUUCUAAGAAAACAUUCUACUCCCAAGCUGCACCAACCUAUUUCUCUUACAAGCUGGUGGCUUCCCUUACAUAUCGCAUGGCUUCAUCAAGGGUGGCAACAUUCUCAACACAAUCUCUCUCCUCCAAUGAACCUGUUGUUUCAGUUGACUGGCUCCACGAAAACCUCAAACAGCCUGAUAUAAAGGUACUGGAUGCAUCUUGGUACAUGCCAAACGAGCAGAGAAACCCUCUUCAAGAGUAUCAGGUUGCACAUAUUCCUGGAGCACUCUUCUUUGAUGUAGAUGGUAUAUCCGAUCGUACUACAAAUUUGCCUCAUAUGCUGCCAUCUGAAGAAGCAUUUGCUGCUGCUGUAUCUGCUCUUGGAAUCGAGAACAAAGAUGGGGUUGUUGUCUAUGAUGGGAAGGGCAUCUUUAGUGCAGCUCGUGUAUGGUGGAUGUUUAGAGUUUUUGGACAUGACAGAGUUUGGGUUCUAGAUGGUGGUUUGCCAAGAUGGCGUGCCUCUGGAUAUGAUGUCGAAUCCAGUGCAUCUGGUGAUGCAAUUUUGAAAGCUAGCGCUGCUAGUGAAGCAAUAGAGAAAGUAUAUCAACGACAGGCGGUUGCACCUAUUACCUUUCAGACCAAAUUUCAGCCACAUCUCGUCUGGACCCUUGAUCAGGUUUGGAAGAACAUUGAAGAGACAACAUAUCAACAUAUAGAUGCUCGAUCCAAAGCUAGGUUUGAUGGUGUUGCACCAGAGCCUCGAAAAGGAAUAAGAAGUGGUCAUGUACCUGGGAGCAAGUGCAUUCCUUUUUCCCAGAUGCUUGAUGGUUCUCAGACACUAUUAUCUAAUGAAGAGCUCAAGAAAAAAUUUGAUCAGGAAGGUAUCUCUUUGGACAAACCUAUAGUAACUUCCUGUGGCACUGGAGUAACAGCUUGCAUUCUUGCCUUGGGCCUCCAUCAACUUGGAAAGACAGAUGUUCCAGUCUAUGAUGGUUCGUGGACAGAAUGGGGAGGGCAUCCAGAUGUACCAGUCUCCACAUCUGAAGCAUAGAUUCUACAUGCUUUGAACAAGUGCUUCUACAUAUGACUUUACAAGGCCUACUUUGUCUGUUUAAUUUCUUGUUGGUGAAUAUGACAGCAGGUGUUGUAUCAUGGAAUAAUGAAACAAUAUGAUAUUCAAAGUUAGUUAUGACACAUAAAUA